AUGACGCAACAUACUCGCAGAUCAGUUCUUGAAAGUACUCCAAAAACUCCACCAUCACCUGGUUCAAAGAUAAGCUUAUCAUCUCUACAACAUAUUCGCAGAUCAGUUCAUGAAAAUACUCCAAGAACACCACUAUUAUCUGGAUCAAGGAUAAACUCAUCAUCUCAACAGCAUACUCGCAGAUCAGUUCAUGAAAAUACUCCAAGAACUCCACUAUCAUCUGGAUCAAGGAUAAACUCAUCAUCUCAACAGCAUACUCGCAGAUCAGUUCAUGUAAGUCGACCAUAUGCUUCAAGAUCACGACAAUCUGCACCACAACAUUUCAAUAAUGCUCGAAGCACGUCAUCUGAAUCUGGAGAUUCCUCUAGUUCAAUUCAUUCUUCUCGGUCCUCAAGUCCCAGUAGUCCAAGUGAUUUCAAUGACAUAGUUAAUAUGUCGCAAUUACAACAUGGCUUGAAAUUAUUCCGAAAAAAAAUAGUCUCGGACGUAAAAAAAGUUCUUCUCAAAAAUAAUCUUGGGCGGCCAUCAACUGACAAUAAUGGGAAAGUCGAAAUUAAAGGAAUUUCUUUAGAUGCCAAAAACUUUUCAAGAGCUUUGUCGGCAAAAAAAAUGAGCCUGCGUGCGAGAAGAUUGAUGCGAGCCUAUUGGACAGAAAAUGAACGCGAUAGACUGAUUACUCGAAAAAAUAAAAAAUUUCCUAAUGCUUUAAUUGUCAGCUCUCGAAAUUAUAAUGAUUUCAUCAACCUUUGUUAUGCUCUACAAAGAACAAGAUUUUUUAAGCAUACGAAGAAACAUAACCCUGAACAUAAUAUUUAUCGAUGGGUCACAGACUUUCUUAAAAACGAUAGAUUUGCUCGAAAGAAGCAGAACAAGAACUCUGAAAUAUUUCCUAACAGGCAGCAAAGAGCGAAACCUAUUUAAAAAUAAUUAGAAAUUAUUUUUAUUUUCUUUAUUAAUAAUAUCAAAAACUUUUUCAUUUUUAUUGCUCUUAAAAAAAUUUAAUAAAACAACUAAUUUAUAAUUUAAUAAAAAUUUCAAAAUUUGAA